AUGCCUCGGGCUUGCGAUCCGUGCUCAGUCAGGAAGAUCAAAUGCAAUGGCAGAUCUCCAUGCGACGGCUGUCUCGCGGCAGACCUGCCGUGCUCGCACGCACGGAAACGCAAGAAGCCAGGGCCGAAGGGACCGAGGAAGCGGAUUAAGGAGGCUAUCCAGCAGAUGCAGACAGCUGACGCCUCGAGUGAGGUGGAAACAACGGAGCCAUGCGGCCCCGAACUAGAUGCGGACACGUCUGGGCCAAGUCCAAGCAUGUCUGAUCCUCCCAACAGCCCCUGCGACAACAGCGCCAUCAGCGGCCGAAUACCGCUGUCAACAUUCAAUUACUACUUGGACAUAUUUCGGAGCCAUCUCCACGUAGUAUGGCCCGUGGUAGACUGCGACACCAUCGAAUCCCGUCUCCAAGACACCAAUGACCGAGCCGUCUAUGCACUCGCCGCGGCGAUAUGCAGCGCGACAAUAGCCCAGCUACAUCUCACCGUCAACGGAAGCGUACAUUCUCACCAUCAGAUGGCCCUCGAAGCCGAAAGCGCACGAUUCCUACUCGACUAUUCAUCGCACGAGACCAUCGAUGCCUUGCUUACAUCCUUCUUCUUGCACGUGUUUUACUCCAAUACGGGCAAGAUGACCAAGUCCACACUUCUACUACGUGAGGCCAUCGCCUACUCUCACAUUUUGGGUCUUCACCAAGACAUAUUCUACACCAACCUUGACCCAUUCACGACACAGUACUAUCUUCGCAUCGCAUGGAUCUUGUUCAUCACAGAUAGGGCCCAUUCACUGCAGCACGACUUACCACCCACCUUCAGGCUCAGUCCGACACUGCCUGAACUCCAGCCCCAGGACGGUGACGGUCUCAGCACAGCCUUUUGCAGUUUAUGCCGACUCUUCCAAUCUUUUCAAGAAGCCUGUCCCCCAGAUAUUCGAUCCACCGGGGGUCACCACUUGCUUGGAAACAUUAGCACUCAACUCCGCCGAACACACUCAUUUCCACUUUGCGAGAAUGAGGUCCAACGCGCCGACCUCGUGGUCACCGACUCUUGGCUGCGCGUCGUCUUGUGGAAGGUAGCGAUCCCAUACGUUGAUUCCACGACGGAUCCCAACGACCGAGGACUCAGUGUGUCUUUCCCAAUGUCUGUGGCGAAGGAUCUCCUCUCCAAACUCGCCACCCUGUCAUCCUGCGCCCUCGAGGCCCAUGGCCCGGGAAUGGUGUCCAAACUGUUCGAGGUCGCGAGUUCCGUCGCAGACGUCAUCCUUUGUGCCCCCGAUCUAGCAGACGUCGGGUCAGUCCAGGUCGGACCUCGCGAAGUCUUAUACGCGCUGAGUAGUUUGAUCAGCUCCUUGCGGACAACUGGUCAUCCUGAGCUGAUCACCCUACUUCGCGAGAAGAUGAUGGCGUGCGCUUUGGAUCAAGCAGGGCCGGCAACGUUGAUGCAGAUCACGGAUAUAUCGGACGAGGAUGCACAGAAUCUUGUUGUCCCACAUCGAGGGGAUAAUCGAUAG